CUUUUACAAAGUCAAACAAAUUCCCUCCAGCUCAAAAUCUGAAAUCAUGAGCUCCGCCGCAGCAACCACCAAAGGAGGCCGAGGCAAGCCGAAGUCGAAGUCCGUUUCUCGGUCCAGUAAAGCCGGACUUCAGUUCCCCGUCGGCCGUGUGGCUCGUUUCCUUAAGAAAGGACGAUACGCCGAGCGUGUCGGAUCUGGUUCUCCCGUUUAUCUCUCCGCCGUCCUUGAAUAUCUUGCCGCUGAGGUUCUGGAAUUGGCUGGAAACGCGGCAAGGGACAACAAGAAGAACAGAAUCAUUCCAAGGCAUAUUCAAUUAGCGGUGAGGAACGAUGAAGAAUUGAGUAAGCUGUUGGGUGGUGUAAAUGUAGUCAUUAGAUUAUUGAUUGCUAAUAGUUAA